AUGGAGAGACCGUCUUUGCCUUCACACCAUGAACUGAGGAAGAAAAUUUCCAACCGAACCACUGUGACAGAGUUCCUUCUGCUUGAAUUCUCUUAUGUUCGGGAGUUGCAGAUUCUGCACUUUGUGGUGUUUCUGGUGGUUUACCUGGCAGCUCUGGUGGGGAACCUUCUCAUCAUCACCACGGUGGCAAUUGACCACCGUCUUCACACCCCCAUGUACUUCUUCCUGGCAAAUCUGUCCAUCCUCGACCUCGGCUCCAUCUCUGUCACCGUCCCCAAAUCCAUGGCCAACUCCCUCCUGGGCACCAGGUCGAUUUCCUACUCUGGAUGCAUCGUCCAAGUCUUCCUCUUCAUGUUCCUACUCCCAGCCGAUCUUGCCUUACUCACCGUCAUGGCCUAUGACCGGUAUGUGGCCAUCUGCCACCCUCUACACUACGAGCGCGUGAUGAACCGGAGAGCCUGCGUCCACAUGGCUGCUGGCGCCUGGAUGAGCUGUGUUGUCUACUCAGCCCUGCAUACUGGGAACACGUUCACAUUAACCUUUUGUGACAACAAUGUGGUGGAUCAGUUCUUCUGCGAAAUCCCCCAGCUCCUGAAGCUCAUCUGCUCCGGCUCCUACCUCAAUGAAGUGGGGGUUAUUGCAUUUGGUGCCUGUGUAGCCUUCAGUUGCUUUGUUUUCAUCAUCGUGUCAUAUGUUCAGAUCUUCAAAGCAGUGCUGAGAAUGCCCUCGGAGCAGGGCCGGCACAAAGCCUUCUCCACCUGCCUCCCCCACCUCGCUGUGGUCUCAUUGUUCCUUUGCACUACGUCCUUUGCCUACCUGAAACCCUCUUCCAAGUCAACCUCCAUUCUGGAUCUUGUGUCCGCUGUUCUCUAUUCUGUGGUGCCACCGGUCAUGAAUCCGGUCAUCUACAGCAUGAGGAAUAAAGAGAUUAAAGACGCUUUGAGGAAGCUGAUGUGGUGGAGGCUGUUCACCAAGAAGAAAAGGACCGUCUGUCUCCCUUGA